CGUUAACAAAAAGUCGCAUGUGCUUCGACGCACGCAUUUUUACGUCACUUCAGUGUACUUUUGCCACCUACACAAACAUAAUACAUAAAUAUAAAGUGCACUGGGUUCAGUAAAAUGACAGGCAAGAAGAAAGAAGCUUCUUUGCAGGCUUCCGCCACUAACCAAGAGCAAUGGGAGGAGAUUCUUGCGACAAAGGGUUUAACAGUGGUGGACGUGUACCAGCACUGGUGUGGUCCUUGUCGAGCUGUCAUAAGCCUUUUACGAAAAAUCAACAAUGAACUUGGAGAUGAGCUGUUACAUUUUGCCACGGCCGAGGCAGACAGUAUUGAUGCUCUGGAGAAGUAUCGAGGGAAAUGUGAGCCUACCUUCUUGUUCUAUGGGGGCGGCGAGUUGGUGGCCGUACUACGAGGGGCCAACGCACCACUCCUUCAAAAGAUGAUCGUGGAACAACUAGCCAAGGAGAAGUUAGUGCUAGAGCAUGGCGUGGAACGGAAAGCGGUUGUCGAUAAUGAUCUCCCGCAAGAUGAGAAGAUAGAAGCACAAGGGGGCCAUCAUUUAGAGGAGGGAGAAAUUCCGGCCAGGAAAUCUUAUACCGUGGCCAUCAUUAAACCAGAUGCAGUUGCACACGGCAAGGCUAAUGAGAUCAUUAUGAAGAUACAAGAUGCAGGAUUUGAGAUCCUAGCCCAGAAAGAACUAACGUUGACCGAAGCCCAAGCGAGAGAGUUGUACCAGCAGAAAGAAGCAGAGGAUUAUUUUGAAGACCUUGUUCAGUUUAUGUCCAGCGGACCCUCGCAUAUUUUGAUGCUCUCCCAUCUUGAGGACACUUGCGACGUGGUGCAAGCUUGGCUUCAUUUCAUUGGCCCAUCCAACAUCGAAGAAGCAAAGCGUGAGAAUCCAGAGAGCUUGCGGGCAAAAUACGGAACGCGGACGCUGUUCAACGCGGUUCAUGGCAGUGAGGAUGUCGAUCGGGCCGGCAGGGAGCUCGCCUUCUUCUUCCCUGACUUCAGCCCAGCCAAGGGAACGGCACGGGAUGCGGAGGAAAAGCCUGUGGAGAGGACGUUGGCUCUCUUCCGUCCUGACGUUGCCAGGGAAAACAGAGAGGAGAUUCUGACACAAAUCAAUCAGUCGGGCUUCCAAGUGUCACUCCAAAGAGAGAUGAUUCUGACAGAGGAACAAGUCAGAGAGUUUUAUGUCCAUCGUGUCGAGGAGGACGAAUUUCCUUCACUCUUACAAAAUAUGACAAGAGGUCCGGUGUUGGUGUUGGUUCUCACCAAAGAAAAUGCUGUUCAACAAUGGAAGAAUAUGCUUGGUCCUUCAGAUAUCAAAAAGGCCAAAGAGGAGGACCCCAAAUGUUUCAGGGCCCGUUUUUCUGUGGAAGGAGAUCCGCACAACCAGCUGCAUGGAAGUUACUCUACUGAAGAGGCCUCCAGGGAAAUCAGCUUCUUCUUCCCCGUCCAGCAAACACUUGCUGUCAUUAAACCCGACGCAGUGGACCAACGCAAACACGAGAUUCUAGAGGAGAUCCGCAACAGAGGUUUCUCCAUCAAGAGAAUGGAGGAGAGGCUUCUCUCCAAGGAGAUGGCUGAGGAAUUUUACAAGGAGCACAGGGAGCGGCCAUUUUUCAACCAGCUGGUGGAGUUCAUGUGUAGUGGUCCCAGUGUGAUAAUGGUCCUGGAAAAGGAAAAUGCAGUAGAGGAGUGGAGGGCCACAAUGGGUCCCACAAAUCCGGAACGAGCAAAGGUGGAGCUCCCUGAAUCUCUGAGAGCACGAUUUGGUUCUGACAUCCUUCGCAACUCUGUGCACGGAUCUUCGAGUCAAGGACGCGCUCAAGAGGAGAUCCAGUUCGUCUUUGGUGGACAAACAGAGUUCACUGAAACUUUAGGUGAACACACAAAUGAUGCCCCUCUGGAUAAACAGCAACACUACGAAGGAGACGCAGGUGAAUUAAAUCCUCCCGCAGAAGAGAAAAAAAGUUCUGGAUUGUCAUACUAAUCAUCGUUGGAAUGGAACCUUUUACUUCAGGUUUUCCAGCAUACACGUAAAUGUGUACCCCAACAUGUCCAGUUGUUGUAUUCAGUCUCUGAUCCAGCCUUUACUUACGAUACAGUACUCAUGCAUUUUGCAUUUUCUUCUAUCAGUCAUAAUAGUUUUUUGUUUUUAACAAAGAAGCUGAAUCCCUCUUACUGAUCUCCUGGGUCGACGUUAUCCUCCUCAUUGAAAGACCUAUUGAACAUCUCCGUAAUGCUCUUCUGACUGGGAUCCUACACAAUGUCAAAUUAAAAUGUUUUACAUUGGCUCCAACAUGACUCCCCCGCUCUCAAUGAAACGUUAGGAAAAAAAAAAAAAAGGUUGCUACCUUUGAGUGGAAUUGAGCUGUCACCGCGUGGGCUGAGAGGUUUGACUCGGACAGGCCGACCUGCUCCAAUACUUGCAUUUUUCCCUGAAUCAUCGGCCUGGGUGGAAAAAAAACACAAAUUAGGAUUCACACCAACUCCACCGAGCUCACUGUUGGUUGUCAUUUAUACCACAAGUGAUCAUCAGCUGUUCCCUGCGCGACUAAGUAGUGAAUGUUCACAUUGUUGGUUUGACCGAUGCGAUGAACUCUGUCUUCAGCCUGGAUAAGAACCUAAAGCACAAAAAGAACAGUACUUUGACUUUUAAAAGCCUUAACAAAAGAGGCUUUUCCAACCUUAAAUAAUGGAUAUUUUUAAUUCAUUCUUACUCCGGGGUUCCAGAACAGUUCGGCAAAGACGACCAGAUCAGCAGCGUGUAGCGUCAUGCCCAUGUUGGCGGCGGUGAUGGACAGGACGGCCACGCACGCCUUCCCAGAUAACUGAAAUUUGUCACAUAAAAUCUGGCGCUCACCUGACGGCGUGGAACCAUCGAUGCGAAUGAACGAGACGUCCUGUUGAGAACGUGAAACAAAGGAGUUUGCUAGAGGAAUGGUUCUCAUUUUUAAGCAACUACUACCUCAACGAAUAUUUGGCCAAUAUCAGGGCUAAGAUCAUGUCAUUGGCUGCCAUUGACGGCAAUGUUCAUUCGCCCCUCCCAGUCAAAAUGGAUUAGACGUCUAACUUCAGUCAACGGCAUUGAAACACGAGCAUUCACUAGUCCAAUAGCCGGCAAUAGGUUCAAAUAUCUUGUAUGUCAGAAAAAGGCAGAAGUUUUAGUUAUGUUUAUGAGCUACAGUUUGAGCAGUAACAGCACUUAAGUUUUAGAAAAAAGUGAAAUGGUAAUAUGCUUAAGGAUUGAGUUAACUGGUAAUAUUUAAAAAGAAACCGUUUUUAAAUAUUAAAUGUGAAUAUUUUGUAGUCUGAGUUGAAUACAACUGAACUGUACUUGAUUAUUGCACUGUAGUGAAUUUACAUGGCAUGCUUCAACAUUUAAUUCAAUUUUUUACAUACCACUAGAGUAGGUUUCUCAAACUCAAUUUAUCAGGAGCCUGCUGGAAAUAAAAGUCGAGGGUAGUCUAGGACAGUGUUUUUCAACCUUUUCUGUGUCACAGCACAAUUUUACAUUGGAAAAAAAUUCGCGGCACACAACAAACCAAAAAUGUUCCAAAAUUACUUUCUGUAGAGUAUAUUUAUUUAUAAAAUAAUUUCUCAAUAUUUAUACUUAUUCAGUGUGAAACUUGAGCCUGUAUGGAUGAACACAAAGCCGAUAUCCUGGCAGGAAUCUUUGUCGACAGCUCUUUAGGAGU